AUGAGAAGUUGGCGCGCAGUUUCCGGUGGAGGGACGCCAGCGGCGGUCGGGAGAGGCUGGACAUCUACAAUCCGGGCGCACGGUUCUGUCUGCGCUCUUUACUCACCCGGGACAGCAGCAGCCUGGGGGCUCAGCACUGCUGCUACGACCAAUCCCUGA